GAGAGUCCUGGGCAUGACCUAGCCAUCUGCAGAUGGCUUGCUGCGUCUCAAACUCAGCACUGCAGUGGUGGAAGACAAGCCCAAGAAGCUUAUUUGGUUGGAACACUGGCAAGAAAAACACAGACGACAGUCCACAGCCUAAGUACCAUGAUAUUGACCUCCCCUUCUCACCUUCUCUGGUUGCCAAAACAUUCUUAAGGGGCAGGGAGCUAAAAUGCUGCUAUAAGGCCUCCAUCGAUGGAUUUAGCGCCACUAACUUCCACGGCUGCUGCGACUUCAAGGGCCCGUGUGUAAUAAUUGGCUACACAAACAAGUCCUUCAAGUUUGGGGCCUUUAAUCCUGAAGGCUACAGAAGUACAGACGAUUACUAUGACACUUUUGAUGCUUUUCUCUUUUAUUGGACAGACAAUGAGAAGAGUGAUCCUAUCAUUCUACCCAAAGUAGGAGGAAGUGGUGCAGCCCUUUUUGAUUAUGCUCGAGGAGGGCCCCAAUUUGGGGCAGAUGGGCUGCUCAUUGGACCACCAUUGGCACCUGUUAUGGGUGGGUUUGCAGGUCCUGAUACUAAUUCUGGUAUUGGUGACCUAAGGCAAGCUAAAUCUAGAUUGGGAUUGUCUUAUGCUAAAAGGGUAGAUGAGAAAGAGUCCCUUUUUGGAGAUGAGUCCAGAGCUACUCUUGAAGAAGUACAGGUCUUUUGUAGUCCUCAAAUUGCAAGCUUAUAUUAAAACUCCAUAGCUGUGGUACUUAAUAAAGAGAUAAAACAGAGUGUUCAAUCAGAAGUUUUCUAUCCAUAUAUAUACAUAACAAGGACAGUACUGCUAUUUUGAUUUA